AUGGCCGACGCAGUCGCAACGCCGACGAAAGACAAAGGACUCUGGCGUGAUCUCGUAGCCUAUUGGUUAUUGGGUCUAUGCAACAAUUACGGUUAUGUUGUAAUGCUGACCGCGGCACAUGACAUCAUAUCAGCUUUUGAAAAUGAGGCCGAAGCAAGUAAAUAUUUGGAGUUGGCAGCGAACAGCACACAACGUCGUUGCAAUAAGAUGUCCACCAGCGCCGUAUUGUUAGCCGAUAUAAUACCAUCAUUUCUGGUGAAGUUUCUGGCACCAUUUCUGCCCUUCUGGGUCAAUGUGCGCAUGGGGCUCGCUAUCAGCUUAACGGUGUUCAGUUUCAUAACUGUCGCGCUGGCAAAAGUCGAGUGGUUGGCUUUCCUCGGCAUAAUAUUCACCUCGGCCAGUUGCGGUGUUGGCGAGAGCACGCUACUGGCCUACUCAUCCAGUUUUAAUAAAGAUGUGGUUUCAACUUGGUCUUCUGGCACUGGUGGCGCAGGCAUGAUCGGCGCUCUAAGCUAUACGCUGCUCAUUGAUUUGAAAUUGACACCACAGCAGGCAAUGUUAGUGUUCCUGUAUGUGCCCACUUUGCAAGCUUUGGCGUUUUGGUUAUUACUGCGAAAUCCAAAAGAGACGUUUGUGCGCACUGAGUCAGCCGAAUUGGUGCCACAAGAUGUGCUCACAGUAAAGGAGAAGCUAAUAUACUUCUUCAAGAAUCUGCUGCCAUUCUUUAUGCCACUCUCUUUGGUGUAUUUUGCGGAGUACUUCAUCAAUAUGGGUUUGUACGAAUUGGUGUAUUUCGAACAUAUUUUCAUACCACCGCCCACACAAUAUCGCUGGAUUAGCACUGACUAUCAAAUCGGUGUAUUUAUUUCACGCUCUUCCGUCAAUAUAAUACACUUCACGCUUAUCUGGCCCAUGGCGAUUUUACAAUGCGUCAAUGCGGUGAUCUUCACAUUGGAAGCGAUCUUCUUUUUCACACCCAGCUUUUGGUUGAUCUUGGUGUUUGUGCUGUGGGAGGGUUUGCUUGGCGGUGGCGCUUAUGUGAACACCUUCUAUCACAUGUCGAAAGUGGUGCCACCAGAGCGACGUCAAUAUGCCAUCGGCAUGGUGGCUCAAGCAGACUCGUAUGGCAUUAUAGCCGCUGGCAUGCUCGCUAUUCCCGUGCAUAAUCUAAUAUGUGAUGUUGAUGUGCGUGAGCGAAGUAGCUGGUAA